AGAGAGACAGAAAAGAGAUCGUCUCACCCUCAACUCUAUGAUUUGUGAGAACUGAAGAGUUGGUGUGCGCGUUUAAACUGAUUCGAAUAUUCUGGCUUGAUCAGGGGGAAAAAACGUCAAUUUUUUGUAUUAAAACUUUUUCAUUAUUUUUGAGAGGAACAGUAUAAUUCAGACAUGAUGAAGCGGAUUGUGGUAUUAACUGGACUGCUGGCAAUCGUGACCUUUGCGUCUGUGCUGCCGCAAAACGAUACAAGCUAUAUUCGGACAUUUUCAGCUGAUUUGCGGCCUGUCAUCGGUGAGCCCUUUGAUUAUCUGGAUGUUCAGGAGGGCAGCGGCUCUGGUUCCGACCAUGCAUCCAAACACAAGAAAGAUCACCACCCUGCUGUGAUCAAAAAGCACUACCACAUCUCUCAAGAAGCAUCUCAAUUCCUCACUGGCAAUGUGGUGACCACUGUCAUCCCAACGAUAUACACUUUAGUCUUCAUCAUAAGCGCUCCUCUAAAUCUCCUGGCACUUAUCAUGUUUGUGCGCAAAGUGAGACAGAAGAAACCGGCGGUGAUUUAUAUGAUGAAUCUGGCCUUCGCUGACCUCCUCUUUGUGCUCGUACUCCCGUUUAGGAUAGCCUACCAUUUCAAUGGAAAUAACUGGAUAUACGGGUCUGGGAUGUGUCGUUUGGUCACGGCUGCUUUUUAUGGCAAUAUGUAUUGCUCUGUGCUGCUGCUGAUGUGCAUUAGUAUAGAUCGGUUUAUGGCUGUUGUCUACCCGAUGAAUUCACUCACCUGGCGCAGUCCUCAAAGCGCAUCCGUCGUGUGCAGCGCCAUGUGGCUUUUGUCCAUCGGCGGUGUGAUGCCUUUGCUGAUCUCUAGUCAGACCAUUCACCUAGCAGACUUGGGCAUAACCACCUGUCACGACGUCCUUGACAUUCAGCACCUCCGCGAGUAUUACCUGUACUUCUUCCCUAUCCUCUCUUCACUUUUCUUCUUCAUCCCGCUCAUUUUUAGCACCGUCUGCUACGUGCGCAUCAUCCAAGCCUUGUGUGCAGCCAACGUGGAAAACCGUACGAAAAAAACACGGGCUGUCUUCAUGGCUGUCACGGUCUUUGCUGUUUUUGUCAUAUGCUUCACCCCCACUAACAUCAUCUUGUUGUCACAUUAUGUGCAGUUUGCUCACAAGUACAAUGACACGUCCUACGCUGCUUAUCUGGUCUCCAUGUGCAUUGGGAGCAUCAGCUGCUGUUUGGACCCCCUCAUCUACUACUUUGGGUCAUCACAGUGCCAAAAGCAGGUUCUUGUUUCUCUGAAGUGUCAGGGGAUACCAGGCAUUGAGAGGAAUGAACAGUUUACCAGAAGCACCAGGUCAAGCAAUUUGGAGACCUUAAAAAGCAGCGUGAGUAACCAGUACAGGAAGCUGAUGGCAUGAGCCCCAAGGUAUUAU